AUGCCAGGGUCUCACUCUCACCGCCAGUUGGGCAUCCUGUCCGUGGCUCUCAUCACGUACUUCAACGUCAGUGGCGGUCCAUGGGGCAGUGAGCCCGUUCUCGCAGCUUGCGGCCCGUUCGUGGGCAUCUUGGCCGUCCUGCUCUUCCCCUGGGUCUGGUGUCUGCCUCUAGCGCUCACCUUUGCCGAGCUCUUCACAGCAUUUCCGACUGACGGCAGCUUCUGCAAAUGGGUGGGCGUAGCAUUCGGUCGACCCAUGGGUUUCCAAGUGGGUUACUGGAGCUGGGUGUCAGGUGUGAUCGACAACGCCAUCUACCCAUGUCUGAUCGUGGACACGCUAUUAGCCUUGACAUUGGGGGACAAGGACGCUUUGAACGGGGAAAAUGGAGUCGCCUGGAGCGUCUUUGUUAUGCGUGCAGGCUUCGCUGUGCUCUUUAUGCUACCGACAUUAAGAAGCAUCAAGGUGGUGGGUCACACUCUACUGGUGUUGGGAGUCAUGAUCUUCCUGCCGUUCGCUGUCCUCAUCGUAUACGCCAUGCCACUUAUUGAACCGGCCAAUUGGUUUGUCAUCCGACAAGAUCGUGAUUGGGGUCGUCUGUUAAGUGCCUUAUACUGGAACUACAGUGGCUUUGAUGCCGCUGGGGCGUAUGCUGGAGAGAUCCAGUCGCCCAAGACAACGUAUCCGAAAGCUAUGGUGCUUACAGUCGUGAUGAUCGCGAUCACGUAUAUCGUCCCAUUCAUUGCUAUCGCCGGUGCUGACUUGCCUCACUACACGACGUGGGACGAUGGAUCGUACUCGGUUAUCGCACAGAAGAUCGGUGGAACGUGGCUCUGUAUAUGGGUAUUGAUCUCCUCAGUGUUCGGUAAUCUCGGACUGUACGUCGCAGAGAUGGCCAAGGACGGCUUUCAAUUGGCUGGCAUGGCUGACUCUGGACUUGCACCUCCGUAUUUUGCUCAACGUCAUCCAGAUACUGGAGUGCCUCGCCGCGCCAUCUUAUUGGCAUUUUUCAUCAUCGUCUUCAUGGGAAUGUUCGACUUCGACACCAUUUUAGGGAUCGACAACUUCCUGUCUGCUCUCUCGUCUCUCGUGGAAAUGAGUGCUGCUGUUCGAAUGCGCUUCUCGCACCCUGAAAUCGAACGACCAUAUCGUGUCAACUUAUCGGACAAUUCUCUCGUAGUGGCCAUGAUGCUCCCGUUCACGUUGGGAGUCUUCAUCAUGAUGAACGAGUUGGCCAAGUCCUGGACCAGUCUGAUACUCAAUGCUGUCGCACUCCUUCUCGGGUAUCUCAUCCAGAAGUACAUCGAACGUCACCCAUACCAUAAAUACUCGAAGAUUAUUGGAGCACCACUGGAUCUCGCGGAUCUCUCGGAGGAAUUGUGA